AUGUAUAUAAUAUACGCCGUCACAGUGGCGCACGCACCCACGAUCUUUCGAACUCGUAAUACAAAGAGGACGACUCGAGAAAUAGCUUUGCCGCACGACGAACAAUUAACCCCACUUGAGGGUGCUCAACAUAAAUUCGCGAAAGCAGCUCCAGGAUGUAGAUCGGGUGCAGGACAACAACUUCAAGGUUUAUUGGAGACAGGAGCAGCAGUGAUUAUUCUCAAAGAAUCUAUUGUACAUCUUCUCUUGUGCCUCCAACUGGAUUUUACUAAUUGUAAGGAAAACAAGAGAGACGAUUCGAAGUAACCUUGGAAAACUGCGCACACGCUUGAUUGAAUAUUUAAUAAACAUGAAGAUUAUCCCCAACAAGGUUGACCGAAACGUGAGCAAAACUGGCAGCAAAGUGAUAUCGGUGCAUUCUCAUCAAUUCGAAGCAAGCACGCGAGCCCAUAAUUUCACGAAAGGAAGCCCUCGGUUACAUUUUUAUUGGAAACGAUCGAAAGUUUCCUUUUUUUUUUUAUUCUUCUUUUUUGCUUCUUUGACAGAUGAUGAAUCGCUUUAGGGCAAUGUUAAUUUCAAAAUCG